AUGGACCGGGUCACUUUUAAAGUGACCGGUCCAUCCCAGAGGGGGCGGGAAAGGGUAGGGAGGGGCCCGAUCCAAAGGUCUCGUCUUCGUAGUGGGCCUGACCGGGGGGGCUUCACCCAAAUCAACUUGCACCACAGCAAAGGAGCCUCGGCCGUUCUUCUUGCCAGGCGCCAAGCUGGGGUGCACACAGCCAUAUCACUAGUACAAGAACCUUGGCUGGUCCGAGGCUGUAUUAGGGGUCUGGCGGGUGCGGUAGGCUGUUCAGGUCACCGCAAGAGGAUCGGCCUAGGGCCCUGUGUGGCCGUUAAAGGGCUGGAGAGCCAGCUAUUGCCGGAUUUCUGUUCCAGGGACUUGGUAGCAGUCGUGAUAGAGGACACCAGCGGGACCGGGAUCAAGACAAGGAUGGUGGUGGCGUCGGGCUACUUCUCACACGAAGAGGACGAUCCGCUGCCAUCAGACCGGGUUGUACGACUGGUGGAGUUCUGCCAAAAGGAGCAACUCCCCCUCAUAUUGGGGUGCGAUGCGAACGCGCACCACACGGUGUGGGGGAGCACGGACACCAACAGGAGAGGCGAAAAGCUGUUGGAAUUUCUGGUGUCCACAGACCUAGAGAUUCUCAACAGAGGCAAGGAGCCUACCUUCGUCACGGCAGUGAGAAGGGAGGUUCUGGACCUAACUAUCUGUUCAAGACAGAUAGCGCGGGAGGUGACCGGCUGGAGGGUCUCUGACGAGCCCUCAUUGUCGGAUCACAGACAGAUCACCUUUAGGGAGUUUCCCAAAAGACAUGGGACCCCUCAAGAAAUCGAGCUGUGCGUCGAGCAUCUGCAGAGGGCUCUCGUCGGCAGCUUUGAGAACAACUGCCCAGAAAGGACAGUGAGAGAUACUAAGGAAGUCGCCUGGUGGAACCCAAGCUACAGGAGCUCAGAAGUGCUGCACGUCGUGCCUGGAACAGGGCCAGGAACACGGGCCGCCAGGCUGACUGGGCCCUUCAUCGAAGGGCUCAGAAGGCCUAUAGAGACUCUGUGGUAA